UGUGGCAAGUGCUGAUUGCUGAACCAAUUUCAUAACCCAUUUGAUUCUGAGAUACCAAGGGAUUGAAGACAUGGAGAGCAGUGUGCAGAGGAGGUUGGAUUAUAUUUCUCGUCAUCUUUUACUGCUACCUGAAGUUGAUACUCUUGCUUUGUACCCGGUUUUAGUAAAAGGUGAGGAAAUUAAACAUAAUGAGGAGGCAGACCCAGUUGUUAUAGGAGGGAUGGUGUUGGAUAUUCAUGCCACUCCUUCAAUCCCUCCCUAUCCUAGAACCACUACUCCUGGCAAGGUCCAAUAUGCACUUGGGGGUGUAGCAAGGAAUAUUGCUGAAUGCAUGUCGAAACUUGGAACUAAGCCUUACAUGAUUAGUGCUCUGGGCAAUGACAUGGCUGGGAACUUGCUUUUGGAGCACUGGAAUUCUGCUGGGUUAUCCACAGAAGGCAUUCAAAAACAUCAAAAGAUCAGAACUGCUGUCAUAUCCAACAUAUUUGAUGCCCAUGGCGAGGUGGCUGCUGGUGUUGCUGAUGUGGAAGCAGUUGAAAAGUUCCUGACACCUGAGUGGAUUCUGCAAUGUAAAUGCAAAAUUUCUUCUGCUUCAGUCUUGCUGGUUGAUGCAAAUCUGACUCCUCCUGCUUUAGAAGCUUCGUGUCAAGUGGCAGCAGAAUAUAACAUCCCAGUUUGGUUUGAGCCCGUUUCAGUAGCAAAAUCCACGAGAAUUGCCUCAAUUGUCAGUGAUGUAACUUUUGCCUCACCCAAUGAAGAUGAGCUUAUUGCCAUGGCAAAUGCUUUGUCUUGUGCAAGUAUAUUUCAUCCUAUUGACAGGGAUAGCAGCAAAAAGUAUUCAACAGAGUCUUUAUUCCAAAUGUUAAAACCUGCCAUCUUGGUUUUGCUAGAGAAGGGUAUCAAGACAGUUGCUGUGACUCUUGGUGCUAAUGGAGUGUUCUUAUGUUCUACUGAGCCAAACUUCACAAGGACUAGGUUGGAGAGAACCAAAAAGUACGGAUAUAAUGGAUCGCUAUAUGAUAUUAUAGAAUCAAGCUGUCCUUCAAGUAAAUUCUCUGAUGCAUUGCAGACUCAGGGAAGCUCUCAUUUAUUAGCUGUACAUUUUCCUACCCUUCCUGCGUCAGUUGUAAGGCUUACAGGGGCUGGUGACUGCUUGGUUGGUGGGACACUUGCUUCUCUUUGUUCAGGCUUAGAUAUUAUGCAGAGUAUGGCUGUUGGUAUUGUAGUUGCCAAAACUGCUGUUGAGACAGAGGGUAAUGUGCCUUCAGCAUUUAGUUUGGCCUCUAUCUCAGAUGAUGCAAGGCUGGUAUACUCUGCUGCCAGAGUGCUAUUCCAUCAAUCAAUGCUAUAAUUUAUUCAUCAUGUAAGUGAUGCUGAAAAUACAAGUUGAAAUGUUGACCUGGUCAUGAUCUGGGAAAUCAAGUGGGAUUGGGAGACUCUCGAGAUCCAAGUCAAAGUUCUCUUUACACCAAUGAUUUCUGGUUUCAAGGUGAAAGGUCUGCUCCAUCUCCUUCAAGAAUUAAUAAGAACUGGUGCUUGAUUGCUGUAACAUGGUUCAGUUUAUAGGUUUUUGAUUCUAGUAGUUCUCUUUUUGGUACUCUACCAAGAAUUCACGGACCAAUUUCCUUGGAGGCUCAACUCUGACCUGAGCGGAUAAAUACAGUGUUCUGUCUCACUUCUCAUGAGAGCAGGGAGUGAAGAUUUUCUUGUACAGUGGCAUUGAUGCCAUGCCUCACAGUCUUGCAACUGAUCAGAAAUGUACUCACUGAGAGGCUGAAAUUCUGAGGGGGUGUGGGAAAUUGCGUUUGGCAAACACUUUUUUCGAGAGAAGAUUUUAUUUUUGA